AAAAGUAUGUGGACGCCUGGACCUCUGUGUGAAAGGCGUGAGGUUACAGGCUGGUUAAGGCUAAGACAGAAUCAGCGCUCGGUGUUUGUUCGUGGUGGCGGUUACGGUAACGUGGUUUUGUAUAGGGGUGAAGGAAAGGGACACGGCGCACCACCUGCCCCCCUCCGUCCCCGUCCCCUGCACCACCUGCCCCCUCUGUCAUCCCUUCAAUUAGUUUACAGACCCAGGUGAGUGACCGCACACCACACGCCUGCGUCCUGUCACCGACACACACACACGACAUCAGCCGCUAUUGUCCCGGUGAAUCAGAACCCCGCGGGGACAAACAUCAAACGCGCCGGGGCCGCUAAUCAGAUCACGCGGGGGUCUGUUUGUCCAGGCCUCGGGGGUUCUGAUCGUACCGGAGAUAAACGGGGCUAUAAAAACCGGGACGGGUGCGAGAGGCGGGCAGAGACGCCGAGCAGGACACGCAGAGAGACUCAGAGAUACACCAAGAGGACGACCAAGAGGACACCCAUGUGUAAGGGGCUCUCAGCACUGCCAGCAUCAUGCCUGGAGAAGGCGAAGGAGAUGAAGGUGAAGUGGAGUCACCUGACAGAGAAACCACACAAACUCAGAGUCCCUGAAGAAAAAAGCCCUCUGGAUUUGGAGUCUCUGCUCAACAGCAAAACGGGUCUGGAGGAGUUCCGCUGGUUCCUGCGCUCCGAGUUCAGUGAGGAGAACCUGGCCUUCUGGCUCGACUGCGAGGAGUACAAGAGGACGCCCGAGACCAAACUCGCCACCAAGGCCCAGAGCAUCUACGCCCGGUUCGUCAACGCCGACGCCCCUCAGGAGGUGAACCUGGACGGCGAGACGCGCGAGGCGCUGACCGGAGGGAUGGACGCGCCGGCCGGCGACACCUUCGCCGAGGCUCAGCGCCGCAUCUUCACCCUGAUGGCCAAGGACUCGUUCCCUCGCUUCCUGCGCUCGCCCUUCUGCCAGAGCGGCGUCAGAGCGGCGUGAGAGAGAGGACGCCGCCCCGUUCCACACGCACGCUAGUUAGCAUUAGCGGUGUAGCAUGGUCCCGCUGCGAUAGCUUUAAUUAAACAUGAAGAAGCAGAACCGGUGACGAAUGAAGGUAGAAUUUUAUUUCGCUUGGACGUUUAGGCUGAAUGUUUUCGCUUCAAUAAAGAGA